AUGGCACUCAGUAGUCGAGUUAUGGUCCGAUUGGCUCAUCUUUUUGAAGAGGAAAAGUAUAAGAAUAAGUAUGAUGAUGAAGCAUCUUCUUUGGCUAAUUAUGAUGAACUUGUACGCCUUCACUGGAGUGAUGACAGAAAGGAGUUCUUUGCAGCUGUGGUUCGAGAACCGAAAUUGGGUUUUGUAGAUGACGUGUUCGGAUAUAACAGUCUCUUCCCUCUUAUGCUGCGACUUUUACCUGCUGAAUCAGAUACACUUUCUCACAUUCUUGCCAGCCUGAGAGAUCCGGAGCGGUUAGAAAUUGUCGGUUAUCUCAUCUCUGUUAAGUUAAUUUGGAGUGAGUAUGGUCUAAGGUCGAUCGCUCAAAGCUCUCCGUACUAUGGUGCCAGGAACACUGAACAUGAUCCACCGUAUUGGAGAGGCAACAUUUGGAUCAAUGUAAAUUAUAUGGUUCUUUCGGCAUUGAACUAUUAUGGGUCAAUUCCUGGACCAAGUCGGGCCACUGCUCGAACUGCUUUCGCUGAGUUGAAGAAGAAUCUCGUGACAAACAUAGCUAAGGUCAGCGACAUACUAGUUUAUUGCAUGUCUGAGUCUGUUCCGUUCAUAAUUAGAUGCUUCAGCUUGGUUUUAACAAUCAAUCAGGGUCGCUAA